ACAUCUGUAGGACGUUUGCUGAGGUUUCCUGCUCCUUCGCGUCGUCGUGCCGACGUGGGCGCCUCGCUGGAUUUGGGUUUAAAAAUGACUUUUCAACUCAGAUUCUGUCUCGUCUUCGCGACGGUGCGGAUAGUAACGUUAACGGACCCCAGCCACCCCAACCAAGUGGUUCUUCUGGACACCACAGCUGUAUUGGGUGAACUGGGCUGGAUGACCUAUCCAGUAAACGGGUGGGAUGCCAUCACAGAGAUGGACGAGCAGAACCGGCCCAUCCACACCUUCCAGGUGUGCCACGUAAUGGAGCCCAACCAGAACAACUGGCUGCGCUCCAACUGGAUCCCUCGGCAGGCGGCGCAGAAGGUCUACGUGGAGCUGCGCUUCACGCUGCGCGACUGCAACAGCAUCCCCUGGGUGUCGGGCACGUGCAAAGAGACCUUUAACCUCCUCUACCUGGAGUCGGACGAGCCGCACGGGCCUGGUGCCCGAUUCCACGCUGCUGACUACGCCAAGAUUGACACCAUCGCGGCUGAUGAGAGCUUCACGCAGACAGACCUUGGCGAUCGUGUGUUAAGGCUGAACACUGAGGUGCGGGAAGUGGGUCCAAUUGCCCGAAAAGGCUUCUACCUGGCCUUCCAGGAUGUGGGUGCGUGCAUCGCUUUGGUGUCCGUUCGUGUCUACUACAAGAAGUGCCCAUCCACGCUGCGGAACCUGGCAGCCUUUCCAGACACAGUACCACGCAUGGACUCGUCCUCGUUGGUGGAGGUGAGGGGUGCAUGCGUGGAGAAUGCCGAAGAGCGUGACACGCCCAAGCUGUACUGCGGCGCAGACGGAGACUGGCUGGUGCCACUGGGGAGGUGUGUCUGCAGCAUCGGCCAUGAGGAGAAUGAUGGCCUGUGUCUGGCCUGCAGAGCCGGCUUCUACAAGGCCUUUGCGGGGAACAUCAAGUGCUCCAAAUGCCCCCCACACAGCUUCAGCCACUCUGAGGCGUCCGCCCUGUGCCACUGUGAGAAAGGUUUCUACAGAGCCGCCAAAGACCCGCCCACCACCGCCUGCACACGACCACCCUCAUCUCCUCGUAACCUGGUCUACAACAUCAACGAGACGACCCUAUUGCUGGAGUGGGAUCAACCCGGUGACACAGGAGGGAGGAAGGACCUGACCUAUAACGUGGUGUGCCGGCGCUGUGGUGGGCCAGGUCAGCCAUGUGAUCCCUGCGACAGUGAUGUGCGUUUCAUCCCCAGACCUGUGGGCCUCACUCGCACCUCAGUGGCUGUGCAGGACUUCAUGGCCAAUGCUAACUACACUUUCCAGAUUGAAGCGCUCAACGGCGUGUCCGGGAUGGGCCGGGCAGUACGGCAGGUGGCCAAUAUCACCAUCAGCACAGAGCAGGCGGGCCCAUCUCUGGUAGGAAUGGUGAGGAAGGACUGGUCAUCUCAGAACAGUAUCGCACUCUCCUGGCAGGAGGCCGAUCAACCCCACGCUGCGAUCCUCGACUAUGAGAUCAAGUACUAUGAGAAGGAGCAGGAGCAGUUGAGUUACUCCUCAACCCGUACUAAAGUUCCCAGUGCGAUUGUAACAGGUCUCAAGCCUUCCACUGUUUACGUUUUCCAUGUGCGUGCUCGCACUGCGGCCGGCUACAGCAGCUACAGCCCCAAGUUUGAGUUCUCCACAGGAGAUGAGGACUCAGAGGAGGUCUCUGAUCAGGGUCAGGUGUUGGUGAUUGUUACAGCAGCGGUGGGGGGCUUCUCUCUGCUCGUCAUCCUCACACUCUUCCUCCUCAUCACUGGCAGGUGUCAGUGGUAUAUUAAGUCCAAGUUGAAAUCAGAGGACAAGAGAAGGACGCAAUAUCAGAAUGGACAUGUGCCAUUCCCAGGAAUAAAGACCUAUGUUGAUCCGGACACUUAUGAAGAUCCCUCGCAGGCUGUCCAUGACUUUGCCAAAGAGAUUGACCCAUCCCGCAUCCGUAUAGAGAGAGUUAUUGGAGCUGGUGAGUUUGGGGAGGUGUGUAGUGGUCGUCUCCGAACUCCAGGGAAGAAGGAGACCCCAGUGGCCAUCAAGACAUUGAAGGGUGGCUACACUGAGCGGCAGAGGCGGGACUUCCUGCGAGAGGCGAGCAUCAUGGGACAGUUUGACAACCCUAACAUCAUCAGACUGGAGGGCGUGGUCACUAAGAGUCGUCCAGUGAUGAUAGUAGUGGAGUAUAUGGAGAAUGGAUCUUUGGACUCAUUCCUGAGGAAGCACGAUGGGCACUUCACCGUCAUCCAGCUGGUUGGAAUGCUGCGCGGCAUCGCCUCUGGUAUGAUGUACCUGUCCGACAUCGGCUACGUCCACCGGGACCUGGCAGCCCGGAACAUUCUGGUGGAUGACAACCUGGUGUGUAAGGUGUCGGACUUCGGCCUGUCCAGGGUGCUGGAGGACGACCCGGAGGCAGCCUACACCACCACGGGAGGGAAGAUCCCCAUUCGUUGGACGGCUCCAGAGGCCAUCCAGUACAGAAAGUUCUCCUCUGCCAGCGACGUCUGGAGCUACGGCAUCGUCAUGUGGGAAGUGAUGUCUUAUGGAGAGCGGCCAUACUGGGAAAUGUCUAAUCAGGAUGUUAUCCUGUCCAUUGAGGAGGGCUACCGGCUGCCAGCCCCCAUGGGCUGCCCCGUGGCUCUGCACCAGCUGAUGCUGCACUGCUGGCAGAAGGAACGCAGCCAGCGGCCGCGUUUCCAUGAUGUGGUCAGCUUCCUGGACAAGCUCAUCCGUAACCCCAGCAGCCUGCUCACACUGGUGGAGGACGUGCACAGUUUACCAGAAUCUCCAGAAGACAUGCCUGAUUACCCUCUCUUCAUCUCCAUCGGUGACUGGCUUGACUCCAUUAAGAUGAGUCAGUACAAGAACAACUUCAUCGCAGCAGGGUACACCACCCUGGACUCCAUCUCCAGCAUGAGUAUUGACGAUGUCAGGAGGAUUGGUGUGUCCCUAAUUGGCCACCAGAGGAGGAUAGUGAGCAGCAUACAGACGCUACGACUGCAGCUCCUCCACGUUCAACAGAGUGGCUUCCAUACUUCUCAACUGGCCUUUGAGGACUUCCAAUAAACAAUACAAACCAGGAGAAACGGCCAGACCGAAAGAAGAUUCUGAAUGUCAUUGGUUAUUUGUCUUCGUGCUGAGCAAAACAGUUGAAGAUGGACAGCCAAUCAGGGUUCAGCGAGAGCACGGCACUGUCGCCAUGGUGAUGUCAAGUCCGUCAGUUGUCCUACGAGUUCGGUGACUGGCCGGAUUCACAGUCCAAGAACUUUUAAUAGUUAUAUUUGCUAUUUUAAUGUAUCGAGUACGUGUCUUAAAGAGAUAUUUAUCGUUUAUUCAUCAUGCUACUUCCUGGAGCCUCUGAAAAAGAGAGACUGUUGAAUGUCAGUGGAUUUAUAUGGCUAUUAACCCAUUAUUUAUCACAUCUGAUAUUUAUGCUGGUAUUUAUAUGUAUGUGUAUGUGAUUUUUUUGUUUGUUUGUUUUAUAUUUAUUUUUAUUUAUUUAUUUAUUUAUCUGUUUUGUUUUUUUUUUUUCCUCAGCAAUAUGUGCGGUCUUUUCGGAACAUCAGAAAAGAGCCAAGUUUGGGAGUAGAGAAUUGUAUCUUACUCUGUUAGAAAAAAAAACUCCAUACAAAAACCAUAGACCUCCUCAGGCAGUCCGCUAUGCCAUACAAGAACGACCUUUGACCUUUUGGAAGACUGAAAGCCAUGGUCUCAUGCUUCCGCAUCAGGCCUGACACAUCGAAACUCAAGAAUUGUACGCGCUGGUCUUGACAUUCGAGACUUGGACAAGUUCUGCUAGGAUGCAAAUGAUAUUUAGAAUCGUUUGGUGAUUUGUUGGCCGUGCGAGACACAAAAGAUUGUCAUAGUUUCUUAA